AUGACGCUCCACCUGAUUCGGACACCCCCAGAGGCCCAGGACGGUCUUCGGUUCUACGAUCCUACACAGUCAGUACGAAUUCUCCCGGAAAUGCCAGCCCGGCCUCCAUCUUCUCUCCCUGAACCUGGAGAUGCCGUCCUCGACAUCACUGUUGCAGGUCAGCUCGGCCAGGGACGUGUCGGGACCGUUCACAUCGCUGACGUCUGGUCCUGCUCGGUACCUGUCGAUAUACCGCCAUUAGUCGUUAAAGUCGCGAACCGCGACUUCUGUGACAACCUCUCCAAGGAGGCAUGGAUGUACGAGGAGAUGGAGAGCCUACAAGGCGUCGCAAUACCCCGCUGCUAUGGUUAUUCUGUUUCUGAGAUCCCUCCGCACAUGAAGGUCCUCGGGUGGGACCGCGUCGCCACGACAAAGCUUCCGAUAUCGAUUCUGCUCCUGGAGCGCGUCGGGGGGCAUUUGCCUCUGGGGAAGCCUAUCCCACAAACCGUGCAGGAUGAUUUAUGGAGAAUCACCAAAGAUUUUGGGGAGUUACAUAUCUUUGACAAAGACCUCCGGUACGACAAUGUCCUGUUCGCCCCGGACUCACCUCCCGGUCUCCCGUCGCUGGUGUCACCCUUCAGUCACCGGUCCUACGUAUUGCGAGUCGUUGACUUUGACCUUGGGUACAAAGUUAAUCUACCCCCGCAGUCGCUGGACUUCCAUCACAAGCAUCUCGUCCGGCUCAUCCUUGACAAUGUGCCCCGCGGUAAUGUUGUAAACCCCUUUGAUGAUUGA